CCAGUUUGAUGCAUAAAGCGGGAAAUUCUCCCACUCCUCUCCCUCUCUAAAAUUCGCCUGUCUUCUCCAUUCCAUUUAUAAAGCCCCACUCCUCCGAUUUCAAAAAUCAAUCAACAUCGUCCUCUGAUCCCCCUCUCCUCAUUCAACACCGCUCUCUCUCUCUCUCCCCCUCCCUCCCUCUCGGUCUCUGCUCUGAGCGAUGAGUUGCUGCGCUUGCAAACGCCGCAAUGCAAUCUCGGCCGUGAUUCUGGACUUGGACGGCACGCUCGUCGACACAGAGAAUGGUUCGAAAGGCGUGCUGAAGGAGUUCUUAGCUAAGCACGGCAGAGUCCUGAAUGAAGGCAACAAGAGGCUUGGGAAGACGCUUAAGGAGUCGGCCAUCUCGAUCGUCGAAGACUAUGACCUCCCUCUGACUCCUGAUCAGUUCAUCCAGGAAAUCACGCCUAUGUAUCGCGAGAAGUGGCUGCAAGCGAAGCCGCUGCCAGGCUCUAAUCGGCUCAUCAAGCAUCUUCACAAACACGGAGUGCCGUUUGCCCUGGCUUCAAACUCCUUACGAGACUAUAUUGAUGCCAAAAUCGCCAAUCAGGAUGGUUGGAAAGAAAGUUUUUCAGCUAUAAUUGGAAGUGAUGACGUUGAAUCAGGAAAACCUUCUCCGGAUAUAUUUAUAGAAGCUGCAAGAAGAAUGGGUGUGGAUGCAGCUCAAUGUUUGGUUAUUGAAGACUCUCUGGUUGGAGUGAAAGGGGCAAAGGCAGCGAAUAUGAAAGUAAUGGCAGUACCAUCUCAUGAGGAAGCUGAUUCUUCUUCCAUGGCGGAUGCAGUGAUUAAUACACUUCUAGAAUUCCAGCCAGAGAUAUGGGGUCUUCCACCAUUUGAUGAUUGGGUUCAAAACGCAUUGCCUAUUGAAAGGAUAUACCUGAGCUGUCGAAACAUCAGCGGAUUUUUGCAUGAAAUGAAAGAGGACGGAAAAUUUGGCUUAACAAACCAAACUUCUGGAAUUUUCUUUGGUUGGGCACAAGUUAGUUUGCCCAAAACGUUCAAGGCCGUGGUAGCGAUUGGAUUUCAUUCUCCCAAUAAUACGAGAAAACUUCAAUUAAGUCUUAUUGAUGACUGCCGGGAAAACGCUCAUGAUCAGCACUUGCAACUUUCACUUGUCGGCUUCAUUCGGGGAUUGAAGUCCAAGGAGGAAUUGACUUCAAAGGAGAUGGUGAUCAAUGAAGAAGACAAGUCAAUUGCGAGCGAAUCACUGGACCUGCCAAUAUUUAUGCACGGCCCAUGCAUGCCAUUUGCAGAGGAAAAAGAAGCCGACUUAAACGAUAAUGGUCUCUAGUGAAUUGGAAGCAGCGAGUAAUUUAUCUUGCCACAUAACGAUUUGCUUACUCAUUCUGCGGGUUUUAGGAACGUCACUUGCUUACUUAUACUUAGGUUUUAGCCCAUAGUGCUUAUACUUAGUACUUUGCUUUUAACAAUCAAUUCGUUACUACUUUUCCUUCAUAGUCUACUGAUAGUGACAUUCGAGGUUUUAGCAGCUUAAUAUUACUUCCGAUUUUCUUUUUUCUUUUUGGGCCACAUAAUACUUAGAUUUCAUUUCUAAAUUUUUACAAGUAACAAAAAAGAAAAAGGGACGGUUGGAUCUUUA